AUGGCCGAUGUAGAACAGCCCGAGGGCGAGCCUCAGGGCCGUCAUGUCACUUACUGCGGUGUUUGCACCCUGCCCCCUGAGUAUUGCGAGUAUGGCGGCACCGUCAAAAAGUGUCAGGAGUGGCUGCAGGAGCACGAGCCCGCCCUGUACGAGCAGAUUUGGUCCGCAGAGGCCCUCGAGGCUGCCACCGCGUCGCUGUCCGUAGAGGCCCAGAAGCGAGCCGCAAAGGACGCCCAGAAGAAGACUGCCAAGGCUGAGGCCGCCGAGGCUAAGCAGGCCGAUAAACUGGCCAAGAGCGUCGUCACCAUCAAGCGUAUCGAGCGGAACAAGAAGAAGUUUGUCACGGCCGUGAUAGGCCUGGAGGCAUUCGGUUUGGAACUUAAGAAGGUUGCAAAGGACCUUGGCAAGAAAUUUGCUACCGGCUCUUCGGUAACCAAACUCCCUGGUGGAGGAGAGGAGAUUGUGGUGCAAGGUGAUGUUAGCAUGGAGUUGGAGGAGUUCUUGAUUGAAAAGUACAAGGAGAUACCAGAGGAUCACAUCGAGCUUGUCGAGGACAAGAAGAAGAAGAAGGGAGGCGCAUAG